AUGUUCAUCUGGACAACCACGACGCGUUUGCAGCGACGCAACUACUGCGGCGAUGCGCAGUUGAUUAAUGGUCAAGCUGUGGAGUUACAUUUCCUGGAAAUUCACUGUCUUUUUUCUGACAACAAAUCAAAUCCUCUGGAGGCGUUCGUGGCGCAUCAACCUACUACAAUGAUAGCGCAUCUUCGCAUAGCUCAGACUACAUUGAGAAACCGACGAUCUGAAGCUUAUAACUCGUCCGAAACGCCUAUUGAAGUCGAUUGUGCUGAAGGAAGUGAAAUUGGUGCCGUAGAAAUUCAGGCAAUGGGAAAGAAAUGGCAAAAAGACGGUCAAGACUCAUUUCGAACGAGCAACAUGAUUUUUGUCGAGAACAAUAGAAGCCUAAGGUUCACAACGUUAGCCAUGGAAGACAGCGGGGUUUACACUUGUUGUGCGAAACGUUCAGAGAAUAAUUAUAAAUGUUUUGAUCACUCUUUAAAUGUUAUACCGGCAAUCGAUGACGCUACGGAUCUUCUUCUGCACAACGAUAACAGUACAGGAAGUGAAAAUAGGACGGAAACCAUCUGGAGCGUUACUCUAGCAGAUGAUCAUCUAUUAAACGCUCAAGAAGGAGACACUUAUUUCGUAAAAUUGGUCGACGGGAACACGUCGGACGUUCGUUGUCUUUCGGAUACGCACGUGAACUCAAUUCUUACGACUGUAAAUAAUCCCCACGAAUACGGUCAUGUUCUGAUUCGCAAUUUUAACUGCAGUAUUCACUGUGGUGGCUACGCAUGUAACAUCUCUUACACUCAUGAUGAUAACGUAAGCGAAGAAACAGAGAUUCUGUUCACUGUUGUGACGUCAUCACGACCAAAUAUCUAUCAAAAUGUGCUUGAUUACAAUGCGGCACUGAAAUCUAUUACUCAUACUAUUCCUCUGGCGGGUGUGGUGCACUCGGUUAAAGGCUAUGAGAAUGAUGGAAGAAACGUGAAGCGAGCAAUGGAAGUGCGCGAGACGUUGUUCUCAUGUUUCAAGGCGAUUUCCGAUUUCUCGACCAGCCAAUUCCAUCUUUCAUUCGAGACAUUCGUCGCUAUAGCAGUUUUUGCUAUAGCUGGUCUUGUAUUUCUGGUCUGUGUGCCUGUCAUGUUUUGUUGCUCACGGUCGAAAAAGAAGCCAGGGAGUCCAUACACACGGCGUGAAGUGAUAUGUAAAAAGGGACUUUUUGCGUUGAUGUUAGCACGAGUUGAUGAAUUCGACACCUUGACACCGCUCAUCGUAACGCCAACAACGCAACCUACUGAACUCACACCUCAGCUACCUAGACCUACUUUGCCUGUCUCACUAACUACAUCGGAGAGCCCACCUCCUCCACGAAGAUCAAGUCAUGGGAAGACGUUGAUUGUGCCUUUGAAUGCAAGUCGAUAUCGAACGCCGGUUCCUCCGAUGCUUGGCACUCCCGACAGUCGUAUAACGUCAUUCGAAGGAGGUACUACGAAAAGCUGCGCUACUAUUCCUGAAGAUGAUGAAGAUGAGUCGUCAAGUUGUGAAAGAAUUGAAGACCUUAUUUCUAUUGACAGGACAACAACCUCUGUUUCUGAGCAGAAAUCUCAUCGAGGAUUCAUCUCACAUUCAUCCUACAAUCUCAUUCUUCCUGUUCCUCCUCCGGACUUUCAGAUCCCUGCACCAUCUUAUUCGCCCCCAUCGGUGCCCUCAAGUCAAUCACGGCAACCGCAAAUAACGAAUGUUGCAACUCGCCAUAUAGAAAGCCCAGAGGAACCAAGUCGUUGCACGAAUAGCACAGGAAGUCCUAACUCUACCGGAUCACCGAUUGACACGACUGGUUCAAUUAGUGACAGUUUCUAUAUCAAUAGUGAUGUAAUUUCAUCAACAAAUGGAUCUCAAAUUGCGGAUGAAAAUGGUUGUGCUGAGUCGGAAGUUCAAUCGAAAUAUCAGCUGCAUAGGAUCGAAGAGGAAUCGGAGGGUUUGGAUGACGGUCACCGAUUAGUGCGGACAGUUUUCAGCCAAAACAGUUUGGACGGGGAACGUAAUUUCGUCAUACCUCGAAGUAUCUCAGAGCAGUUUGAGUUGAUGCGACGAAAAUGA